CUGAGCGCCGAGAGUGCUACAAUGUAACAAAAGCAGCGGGAUGAAACAGUGAAAUAACGCGCGAGUGUAUGAAGCGCUGCGUUCUUCACGCGGGACCUGGUUAAUAACACACACACACACACACACACACACACACUGGUGAGUUUAGUGGUUAAAAGGCUGGUAGUGGCUCGGGCUGUGAGUGACUGAGCUCAGGAGGAGUGCAAGAGAGUAUUAGAGGAGUCUCCGACCGGAGAACCGGAGGACCGGAGCGGGCCGACAUGGACGAGCAGCCGCGCCUGAUGCACGCUCAUACGGCCGUUGGGAUGAGUGGACACCCCGGCCUGUCUCAGCACAUCCAGGACAACACCGGAGCGAACGACGGAGACGGGAGAAAGCAGGACAUUGGAGACAUUUUACAACAGAUCAUGACCAUCACUGACCAGAGUCUGGACGAGGCGCAGGCCAGAAAACAUGCGCUCAACUGCCACCGAAUGAAGCCGGCGCUCUUCAACGUCCUGUGUGAGAUCAAGGAAAAAACAGUGUUGAGUAUCCGUGGCGCGCAGGAGGAGGAGCCUCCCGACGCCCAGCUGAUGCGAUUGGACAACAUGCUCCUGGCGGAGGGCGUGUCCGGGCCGGAGAAAGGCGGCGGAUCCGCGGCGGCGGCGGCAGCGGCAGCGGCUUCGGGAGGAGUCGGGGCCGAUAACUCGGCAGAACACUCCGACUACAGAGCCAAACUCUCCCAGAUCCGCCAGAUCUACCACACCGAGCUGGAGAAAUACGAACAGGUCAGCAAGCCUGCAAAAGCCAACAGCCAAAUUCCCAUGCUGAACAACAUGGCGUGUAACGAGUUCACGACUCAUGUGAUGAACCUGCUGAGGGAACAGUCUCGCACACGGCCCAUCUCGCCCAAAGAGAUCGAGCGCAUGGUGGGCAUCAUCCACCGCAAGUUCAGCUCCAUCCAGAUGCAGCUGAAGCAGAGCACCUGUGAGGCGGUGAUGAUCCUCAGGUCCCGAUUCCUCGACGCCAGGAGGAAAAGACGAAACUUCAACAAACAGGCCACGGAGAUCCUGAAUGAAUAUUUCUACUCCCAUCUCAGUAACCCGUAUCCCAGCGAAGAGGCCAAAGAGGAGCUGGCCAAGAAAUGCUCCAUCACAGUCUCGCAGGUGUCCAACUGGUUCGGAAACAAAAGAAUCCGAUACAAGAAGAACAUCGGAAAGUUCCAGGAAGAAGCCAACAUGUACGCCGCCAGAACGGCUGUGAGCGCAGCGAGUGUGUCCACACACGGCAGUCAGGCCAACUCACCAUCCACCCCGAACUCAGCAGGUUCUGCUGGCUCUUUUAGCAUGUCAAACUCUGGCGAUUUGUUUAUGAGUGUUCAGUCUCUGAACGGGGACUCGUACCAGGGCUCUCAGGUGGGAGCCAAUGUGCAGUCACAGGUGGAUACCCUUCGCCAUGUUAUCAGCCAGACAGGAGGAUACAGUGACGGCCUCGCAGCAAACCAGAUGUACAGUCCGCAGGGCAUCAAUGCGAACGGUGGCUGGCAGGACCCCACCACCCCCUCCUCCGUCACCUCCCCCACAGAAGGACCCGGAAGCGUUCACUCCGACACCUCCAACUGAUCCUCCACACACACACACACGGACUCUCUGCAUCACGCCACACGCUCUUCCCUCCAGUGUGUAAAGGACUUUUGUGAACACAACAGAUCAUCAUCAUCCCUCAUCUUCAUGCUACCUCUCUAAACAUCAGUGUCUGCAAACCAAGACAAUAGACUAGACAGAUCAACCCGUUCCAGAAAUAACUCAAUGCCUUCGUCCUCACAACAAACAUCACGUUAUGUUUGAAACAUUUUGCAAUUUUACCAUAGUGCCAAAAUACUUUUAUACAUCUCUUUAGUAACAUUUACACAACAGAUUUUACAUUAUAAUUAGACGUAUUAUGCUUGAAGAGCAGUUGAUUGGG